GUGGGAAUCACAAUAACAAGGAAAGGCAAGAUGGCCGCCACAGCACUAAGGCACUUGUGUCGAUUAGCCCCCAAAGCAGUUUCUUCCGCUGCCCUUCCCCUCAGACAGACGCAAGGGUAUCAGGUGGCCGGUAUAAGGAGGGCGUCGACUUACAGGGCAGCGGUUCUGAAGGAGUUUGGGCAAGAUCUUGAAGUCCAGGAGCUGAAGCGGAGGAAGAUCAAGAAGGAGGAGGUGAGAGUGGCAGUGUACAGCUGUGGUGUUAAUGCAUCGGAUGUUCUCAUGGUUGAUAACAAAUACGAUCAGGUCUUGAAGCCUCCUUUUGUCCCUGGCUUCGAGAUAUGUGGUGAAGUCAUUGAGGUCGGAGCAGACGUGAAGACGCUGGCUAGUGGAGGCAGAGUCAUUGGCAUCAGCAAGGAGAACCUUGGAGGGUUCGCAGAGGAGUGUGUUUUGAACGAAAAGGACAUCUGGCCAGUGGACCAUGCUGUUGGGUUUGACUAUGGGGCUGCCCUUGCUGACACAUACGCAACAGCACUCAUUGGCCUCAAUCGCCGUGCAGAGAUCAAUGAAAACUCGACGGUACUUGUGACAGCUGCUGCAGGAGGCUUAGGGUUGGCAGCAGUUGACCUGGCUGCCAAUGUUUACAAGGCGAAGGUUAUAGGUGUGUGUGGCACUGAAGACAAGGCUGACCUGGUGAGGCAAAAGGGUGCUUGGUCGGCUCUUAAGUACAACAAGAAGCACGUGGAGUCCAAGGUGAAGGAAGUGACAAAUGGAAAAGGUGUGGAUAUCAUAUUUGAUGCCGUAGGUGGCGACAUAUUUAACGAAACACUCUCUUGUAUUGCACACGAAGGUAGUGUAAUUGUUGCUGGGUUUGCCAGUCGUGUCAUCCCACACAUCGAAACCAGCCAACUCCUGCCCAAAGCUGUGUCUCUGAUUGGCCUGUCUCUCACACACUAUAGGGAUGCUGACAAUUCAGUUUACAGACAAGCCAUCGAAGAUGUGAUAGAGAUGCACGAAAUGGGGCUGAUCAAGCCACACAUCUCGGCCAAUUUCAAGCUGGAGGAGACCGGGGAGGCCUUUGAGUUCCUGAGGGAGAGAAAGUCCACAGGGAAAGUGGUGCUUGAUAUCCGAUAGUCGGAUUUAGUCAGUUACUUUUAGUAAUCAUUGGCAAUGUUUAUAUUUGGAUCACUACUUUCUUUAGUUUAUGUAAAGGGAAUAUAAUGGGAGAUUUCUGCCUUCUUCAUUAUUAAUUUGGAAGAAUAUCGCAGGAGCUGCUUCUCUAAUUAUUUACCGCUUGCUGUAUUUGGUUAUGUCUGUGCUCUUCUUCAUUUCCAUAAGAAAAUAGUCUGAGUUAUGUUACUUGUUGCCUUAGUUGUAAAUAAAAUGUCUUAACUAUGG